AGAACCGUUAAACCAAAAUUAAUAUUACAUUCUUUGACCGAUGAUAAAAAGACCAUAAUUCGCCAAGCACUAUUCGCAGAUGGGUCAGAAAAAAUUAUAAAAGAACUAUUGAACGUACCAGAUGGAAAAAAAGACAGCUCAACUUCAUGUAAGAUAAUAUUUGAAGCUUCUCAGUACUCAAAUACCAAAAAAGGUGGAAAAAAAAAACGUGCAACCGCGCUAAAAGGGCCUCAAGAAGAUAAGUUAAAAGAUGACGAUAUAGAAAUACUGCUUUUAGACUGCUACUAA